AUGGUCCGCGCCUCCUCCUACCUGGGCUCCCUGGCCGUCCUCGCCACUUCGGCGAUGGCCAAGGAGAUCCAGCCCAACGCUGCCCUCGCCGCUGAGCUUUAUGACACCGGUAUUAUCCACGAGCAGGUCAUUGCAAGCAAGAAGGCCGAGUUCUCCCGUCAAAGAGAGGCUGGUGCCUACGCCAGUGAGCAGUAUCCCGCCCUGGGAUACGCUGCUUGCGUCAACGGCUGGGCUGAGGCCAUCGUCGGCGACCGCAACAACACCUUCCGUUGCCACAACGCCGACCUCCACUCCUUCCUGAGCCACGCUGCCCUUGGCGACGAGCUCGGUGAAGGUUCCUCGUCUUGGGGUUGGACGUCCGAGGAUGGCCGCGAGUUCGUUGCUAUCGGCCAGUACCAGGGCACCGCCUUCGUCGAGAUCGACAAGGACGGCAAGCUGAUCUACCUCGGCCGUCUGCCCCAGUACUCUGUGCCUUCCGAGUGGCGGGAGAUCCGCUCUUACAAGCACUACAUGGUCAUCGGCUCCGAGGCCGUUGGUCACGGUAUCCAGAUCUUCGACAUGAAGAAGCUCCUGGACAUCGACCCCGCCAGCCCCGUCACCUUCGACGCCAAGACCGACUUGACCAGUCACUUCAACGCCCUGCUGCCUCUGGGCCGUGCUCACAACGUUGUCAUCAACGAGGAGCUCAACUACGGUGUCGCCGUCGGCGCCGCGCCCCGCAACGACACCAUCUGCGCCGCGGGUCUGAACUUCUUCGACCUGACGGACCCUGCCAACCCCGAGUCCCUGGGUUGUGCCAGCGGCGAUGGAUACGUCCACGACGCUCAGUGCCUCGUUUACCACGGCCCUGACACGCGCUACGAGGGCAGAGACAUCUGCUACGCCUACAACGAGGACACCCUCACCAUCUACGACGUGACCAACAAGGCCAACGUCACCAACAUCAUCUCUCGCAUCUCGUACGAGGGAGCUUCCUACACCCACCAGGGAUGGGUUCUGGACGUCAAGAACCAGGAGUACCUCGUCCUGGACGAUGAGCUCGACGAGUCCCGCGGCAACGGCCCCGGCGGAGACGGCUACCCCGUCACCUUCAUCUGGGACAUCAAGGAUCUCGAGAACCCCAAGCAAACCGGUCUGUUCAAGCACCCGACCAAGGCCAUCGACCACAACCAGUACGUCAUCGACAACUACAUCUACCAGUCCCACUACGGCGCUGGUCUCCGUGUUCUCGACGGCCGAUCCAUCCCCACCGACCCCACUGGUGCCGGAGUCUGCGAGGCCGCCUGGUUCGACAUCUACCCUGAGGACGACGACUUCGAGGGCGGCGGCUACGUCGGCUUCGUCGGCACCUGGUCCUCGUACGCCUACUUCCCCUCUGGCUACAUCUUCAUCAACACCAUCGAGCGCGGUGCCUUCGUUGUCAAGUUGACCGGCAAGGAGUGCCCCAAGGCCCCUGUCUGCAACGCCGACAACUGCCUGCGCUCUUUCCGCGCCGAGUCUAUCCCGGGUCGUCUCGUCGAGUCCCAGGAGUUCUGCAAGUCCUUCCUCAGCUCCCCUGUCAAGGAGGUCAGCGCUCUGCCCGAGCACGCUGUGAAGAACUGCGCCAAGGAGGACAAGGUUGCCCAGGCUAGCAGCGCCUGCGCUUGCUUGCCUGCCGCCACCCCGGCCCCUUAA